CAUCAACCACAUCCCUCUCAAUUCUGUGAUGGUGGAAGUGGAUGAUGUCUUGUCCCUGCGGGGAAGACACCCCAUAGGAGCCCUUUUCGAUGGAUUAGGUCAAGUGGUGGUGGCCACCUUGCAAUUGGUAGCUGCAAUCGUUCGAUUCAGUUCGGUAACUGUUCCAUCAACGGUAUAUGCUAUCUUACACUAUUCAUUCACUCUUCAACUCAAUUUCCCAUCUUUGUUCUUCCUGUUCAUAAGCUUGCUCGUUGCAGGUUUCAUUUGGAUGAGAUACAGAUAUCUCAAUCGAUACGAACGAUUACGCGAAGAACCUUUGGUGAAAGAUGAAGGAUUCAAUCUCAAUCCAGACGUUGCUCGAGGAAGUGAUGAUAACGAUAGAGGGAAUUUUCAUAACUAUCUAGACGACUUUUUACAAGCGAUAAGAAUCUUUGGAUUUUUGGAAAAGCCCGUCUUUCACGAAUUAGCUCGACAUCUACAAACGCGCAGAUUGGUGGCAGGUGACAGUAUUUCGUUGGAUAACGACUCGUCCUUCUUUAUCGUCAUUGAUGGAAAUGUCCAAGUAUUUGCUCACGAUGCAUCAAACAAAGCAAAUGUGGACACUGACGACGAAGAGUAUACCGGCGUCCAAUUGUUGAACGAGGUACAAAGUGGAGGCACUUUGAGUAGUCUGUUCACCAUCUUGCGUUUAUUCACAGAGGAUGUCAAAUUGGCAGUAGGGUCAGCAGAUGAUGAAGCGUACAGGACACCAUCACAUCUCAACAGCGAAAGUCUGUCAGGCGAUCAUCAAGUGCAAGUGGUGUGUAUAGACCGGGACACAGAUAGCUUUCUCAGCAAUCAUCGUCGUACAAAAACAACUUCAUCUACCGAUGAUGCCACUACUAUUCACCAACCAGAUGAUGCGAAUAUUGGUCCAAGUGAAUUACUACCGCCAGCACAAGAAAGUGCACCUUUUCCGCACUUUUCUGCUGCUUCAACAGGCUUGGGAACGAUUGGCAGAGCGACAGUUGAUACCACUUUGGCUGUUCUACCAGGAGCGGCAUUCAAAAGACUUACCAAAAGAUACCCCAACGCAGCAGCACAUAUCGUUCAAGUCAUUCUUACCCGUCUUUCUCGCGUUACGUUUCAUACCGCUCACAAAUAUUUGGGUUUAACGAAAGAAGUAAUGAGAACGGAAAAGCAUAUCAACGAACUGGCUUGCUAUCCAUUGCCUUCUUCCUUUUACGAACAAGGUGGAAUUGAGAGAUUACGUCAGCGCUUUUUGCCUGAACCAAGGAAGCAACAUGAAGGUCGACAGGAGGACUACUUUUCCCAUACGGGAACUGAAAGCCUAAGAGGGAAGGAUAGAUCAAUGAACGCAUCGGAUCAGACUAUACGACCUCAACCACGCCAAGAAAGGAAGUCGAGUGUGGUGGUAACAAAAGAAAAGGGCACCGGAAAAGUGCCACAAACACCCUGGGGACAUCCUGAUCUUCCUGUACGGACGCCGAUCUCACGUACUUCUGUAGGGCCGGGCGAUCUGUUGAGUAUGGCUGGAAAUCAAGAUCCUGGAGCCAGACCGGGAUCACCUUAUAGCGACUUUGUAAACUCGUCAACUAAAGAUAGACCAAAGACAAGCAGACAUCGUUCAGAUCAGCUUGGCGCGACUGAUUUACGUGAUGAAGUGAUGAAUUGUAUUGCAAAGAGUAUUGGUUUGGCACAAGUACCUUCUUCGCCGGUGAUGAGUAUGCAGGCUUCUCCAUAUCUGAAUGCUCAAGAUCAUUUACAGAGAAGUGUUUUCAAAUCUGCUUUUGGAACUUUGAGCAUGCUCGAUGCAGCUAUGUUCGAUGAUGAAAGUAGUAUAACGGGUCAUAGCAGCAAUUUGGCCAAUCUACAGCAUCUUGAGCUAGAAAACGAAGUGGACAUUCGCUUCUUCGAGGCAGGCAGUGUGCUUGCCAGGGCAGGAGAUAGACAUGCAGGCUUAUUCUACGUUAUUGAUGGAUUCUUGGAUGUGAUCGUUCCACCUACCGACGAUGAAGAAGAGGAAGCUCGCAAUUUGAGUACAGGUACAGGGGAUGCCAAUUCCAAAAAUGCCCCAUCCAAUACCAACAAAGCACCAAGACAAAGGCCGUUGUAUACAGUAGGUCGAGGUGGUCUAGCAGGCUAUCUGUCCAGUCUUUUAGGGUCUGUCAGCUAUGUUGACGUUCGUGCAAAGACGGACGUGUACGUUGGUUUCCUUCCUGCUCGUGCUUUGGAACGAAUGAUGGAGCGUAAGCCGAUCGUGAUGUUGACGUUGUGUAAGAGAUUGUUGAGUCUGCUUUCUCCUUUAAUUCUUCAUAUUGAUUCUGCUUUGGAUUGGCAACAAGUGAAUGCAGGUCAAGUAAUUUUCAGGGAAGGCGAUGCAGCAGAUAGCUUUUACAUCGUCAUCAAUGGUCGUUUACGAUCCAUCACCGAAAGAGGCGAAAGCGGAGUUGACGUUUUAAGCGAACAUGGUCAAGGAGAUAGCGUUGGUGAAUUGGAUGUGAUUACACGCUCGCAAAGGAGGAAGACCUUACACGCAAUUCGUGAUUCAGAACUGGUCAAAAUGCCAAUGACUUUGUUUAAUGCAAUCUCUGUUCGUCAUCCGGCUAUUACUAUUCAAAUUUCACGUAUCAUUGCAAAACGUGUUCGCGAUGAGAUGGAUCGUAGUAAAGGUCAAAAUGCUCCUCUAAUUAGAGCUCCCGUACCUGGUCUGCCAGAUCUGGGUCGGAACAAUCACAACUUGAAAACAGUCGCCAUCGUUCCUGUGACAAGGCAAGUUCCCGUCGUUGAUUUCACCAAUCGAUUACAGCAAGCAUUUGACGAUACGAUCGGUGGUUCAACUGCAUUUUUGAAUCAUAGCAUCGUGAUGAGUGUUUUAGGCAGACAUGCAUUCAACAGGAUGGGAAAGCUGAAAUUAGCCGGAUGGUUAGCCGAACAAGAGCAAAAGCACAGAUUGGUUCUGUACGUCGUUGAUACUUCUGUCAGUAGUCCAUGGACGCAAACCAGUAUUCGUCAAGCCGAUUGUAUCUUGUUGGUCGGAUUUGGCGAUGAUCCAACGAUGGGAGAGUAUGAACGAUUAUUGUUGGGGAUCAAGACAACAGCACGGAAAGAGUUGGUUUUAUUGCAUCCGGAAAGAAGUGUUCCGCCUGGAUCUACACGUGAAUGGCUUCGAACAAGACCUUGGAUCGCAUCUCAUCAUCAUGUUGAGCUGCCUGGCUUGGCUCAUGGAUCCCGUGCUUCAUUCAAUGCGCCUACUCCGUUUGGUGAUCCGACACCGGUGAAAGCUUUGCGUAAUCUCAAAGCAAAAUUGGAAAUGUCACUCUUACGUUAUCGUGGUAAUUCCGGUCAGCCGAUCGUAGGACGAUCACAUCAAAGUAGCGAUUUUGCACGAUUGGCGAGAAGAUUGUGUGGAAAGAGUAUUGGGGUAGUGCUUGGUGGAGGAGGAGCAAGAGGGAUCAGUCACGUUGGCUUUUUGCGUGCAUUGGAAGAGAGCGGUAUACCAGUUGAUAUGGUAGGAGGAACGAGUAUCGGAAGUUUGGUUGGUGGACUGUAUGCCAAACAUGCUGAAACGGUCAGCUCAUUCGGACGUGUGAAGAAGUUUGCUGGGCGAAUGGCAAGUCUUUGGCGAUUUGUUCUCGAUCUUACCUGGCCAACGGUGAGCUACACGACAGGUUUUGAAUUUAAUCGAGGUGUUUUCAAAGCAAUUGGUGAGACACAUAUUGAGGAUAUGUGGUUACCUUUCUUUUGUAAUACAACAAAUAUUACUUGGAGUCGUAUGGAAGUCCAUACGAGUGGAUAUGCAUGGCGUUACAUUCGUGCCAGUAUGACAUUGGCAGGAUUGUUGCCCCCUUUGGUUGAUGAUGGACAUAUGCUCGUUGAUGGUGGAUAUCUGUCCAAUUUGCCUGUUUCAGUCAUGUUUGCAAUGGGAGCAAGACAUGUUUUUGCUGUUGAUGUUGGCUCGAUUGAUGAUACAAGUCCGAUGGCACCUUAUGGAGAUACAUUAUCAGGUUGGUGGGUUGCAAUCAAUCGAUACAAUCCAUGGUCUUAUGCUCGCAGUAUUCCUUCGGUAACGGACAUUCAAGGUCGUUUAACUUAUGCCGCAUCUGUUGCAGAUCUACAAGAAGCAAUUCGUACAAAAGAUUGUUUGUACUUGCGAAUGCCGGUAGAGCAUAUCGGAACGAUGGCCUUUAACUUCUUUGAUGAUACCGAACAGAUUGGCUAUUCAGCAGCAAGAUCUGCAUUGAUUGAAUGGGAAAAAGAAGGUAAACUUCCAUCUGCAUUUGAAGAAUCGGAAAGUAAACAAGAAGAAAUACAAAAGAGACGACAACGCGGAACAGCUGCAAGGAGAAAUAGUGUAUAA